CCACAACACCCUCAUCCCCCAACCAAAAAGAAAAAAACUUCCCAUUUCCAACAUUUAUCAUUUAGGCUGUGGGUUCUUGAUCAGAUCCACCCAUCGCCACUGACUGACUCCUUCCUUCAUCAACCAUGGCUGAGAAGGUGACUACAAUGAGACUCAAGGUUGAUCUUCAAUGCCCCUGCUGCUAUAAGAAGGUCAAGAAAAUCCUCUGCAAAUUUCCUCAAAUCAGAGACCAGAUAUAUGAUGAGAAGCAAAAUCUGGUGACCAUCACCGUCGUGUGCUGUAGCCCCGAGAAAAUCCGCGACAAAUUAUGUUGCAAGGGUGGCAAAGUCAUUAAGAGUAUUGAGAUCGUGGAGCCACCAAAGCCCAAGCCACCGCCGGAGAAGCCUAAAGAGCCCGAAAAGCCCAAGCCACCGCUCGAUGAGCCGGAUGACACCACACAGUCAGAGAGACCCACAGUUAGAGUAGUUGAAAAGUCGAAGACACCUGUUUGGUGGCUUGUUUGUUGUUGGGGAAUACUCUGAAGUAUUUUUGCAGGAGACUUUGAAGUCUGGUAUCAGAGCCAGAUUCUAAGGAGAAAACUAGUUACAAUGUCAUCCUUAA